CAGAUAUCAUCAUAGUAGCCCGGGUUCUUUACAUUACCAUCACCCAAAAAGUACACAAUGGAUCCAGCUGUGACUUUGCUUGACCUAGCCCAGAACUCAACGCCCCACUAUGAAGCACACCAGAACAUCUUCGUAUCGCUCCGUGCGCAACCGUGCAGUAACGUGCACUCUGUCCUCGCGGAUGAGCGAUGUCUCUUCGUGCGGGAAACGGAGGAGUGCCGUGAGUCGAUGCACUACCUCGACUACAUGCACUUUGUCUACUGCAUCGUCGACAGUUCCAAUUUGCUUCUGUUCGCGUCGGCCAUUGUUGCUUUGCUCCUCUUCGUGCUGCUACUCGGAACGCUCAUCUACCAUCUCUGCGUAACGCGCUACGUCGACAGCGUACUGUACGUGGCUAAAUCAUGGCGGCUAAACGAAUACAUUGCCGGUGUCACCCUGCUUACCUAUGGUAACGGCUUAGCCCAAGUGCUAUCAGAGCUAAAGCACCACACAUCCGGCGACACCGAGCUGAUCUACAACCAGUAUCUUGGCACUGCCGUUUAUCAAGUUUCCUUCCUAGCCGCACUCGUCAUUUGGACGGGUUCGUUUGCCAUCUAUCCGGAGGUGAUCGUGCCCAAUCUCAUCAGUCUCAUGAUCGUAUCGCUUCUCGUAGAAGAGUUUAUGUACGAUGAGCAGGUAGGAAUCGUGCAGACCACUACCUUGGGUGUGCUUUACCUUGCGUUUCUUGGAGCACUCUACACAACCGCUCGUGUGAUGGAUCGUGAGGGAAUUCGCUCGCGCAGUCAGAUAGACAUACGAGAUGCUGAUGGGAAGGUGUUUGACACUGAACUGACUGCAACGGUGGGAAACGUGGAUCAAGAGCAAAGUGCCAGUUGGCUAGAACAUGUCUGGCAGGGGUUGAGGACAUUUCGCGAAGAAGAUUUUCGUGCAGCACCAUGGUACAGGCAAGUGUAUCUCCUCUGCAGCAUUCCUGUGGAGGUUGUAGCGGUUCUGCUUUUACCUAAGGUGAACUUUGCGUUACCCUUACAUGGAUGGAAUAAGUGUCUAUUCAUCGUGAAUCUGAUCCUAUUUCCAUUGUUUCUCAUUGGCACGGCACUCGUGGACAUGAUUUCCAGUGAAAAUCUGGGUUGGAUUUGCCUCGGAAGUCUCAUAGGCUCUGCCUGCUUCAGUGUGAUCGUUUGUUCCACAUCCUGUUACGAUCGUAAGCCUCCAUUUUUCACCUGCAUUGGGUUGUUUGCCAUUUUCGGUACCUCGUACGUGAUCAUGCUUCUGUCUUAUGAGCUGAUUGCCAUCCUGGAGGCAUUGUCCAUCAUCGCAAACGUUUCCUCGGCGUCCUUUGCCAUAACGAUACUCGCCUGGGGCAGCUGUUGGAUCGAUUUGAUAACAUUACGUACGCUAGCUGUGCGUGGGUACUCCCGGAUAGGCUUUGCCGCCUGUUUAGGUGCACCCGUUUUCAAUAUUUUAAUCGGACUCUGUACCGUGUUUUGUGUGCAAAUGAUACGAUCUGGCACGACCCAGAUUCACGUGCGUGAUGGAACUUCCGGUCCUACAUGUGCGAUCUAUCUGUUCGUCACUUCGAUGACAAUCUUGCUGUCGGUGCUGUUUACACGCUUCGAGGCUCGGAAAAGCAUUGCCUUCUGCUUAACGACGCUCUACGUCACGUUCCUCGCGUACGUUGCGUUCUGUGAGUUUGAGGUUACGCAUGGCUACGGUACGGAUCACAACGACGAUGGGGAAUACUUCCUGGACCGAGUCCCUGGACGCCGUGAGCACUAGAAGCAG